CGAUGAAUCAUUAUUAUGAAAUUUAGGUCAAGUCGAGAAAAAUGUGCAUUCUCGAAGUAAAAAACAAAAAUUAAUAUUUUCGAUCGUCUGUCGCCUCUAUAUAUACCAUCAUUGUGUCUUGUGCUGAGCUCGAUUUGGAUCGUCUCAACUUCGGUCAUUUUAAGACUAGCGAGAAAGAAACUAGACACUAGCGAGAUCUACAUAUAUGUGUGGAGGAUCGUCACAUGUUCCGGAUCGGUCUACGAGCCCAAUAGAGUUUUACGUCACUACGUAGCACGCGGUAAACAAGUAUUCGCGAAACGAGUUUGGCAUAUUGCCAAAGAUUUGCGUAUAUUCCCGCGAUAUAUGUCCGCCCAUAUCACCGUCACUUUACAUUACUCCUGUCAAGAUCGUGUUAAACGACGCUGUUCCUUCUCUUCCGAUACCUCGAUGGAGAGUUCCGGUGGCGAAAAGCAGAACGAAUCGGACGAGUGCGAUGUGACUGCCAAUAAUCAGCACCAUAAGAAUAAAAUGACGGGUCAGGACGAGGACAGUAACGUGAGAAUAAGUAAGGAUUUAGGGGAGCAGGAGGCGUUGAAGAAUUUGAAGAACUUAGAGAAUAUCAGUCAAAAUGACGAGGCUUCGAAUAAAUUAUCAAAGGCUGUGCCCCAUGAGGACGAGGAUGACGAGGACGAGUGUAAAGGGUCCGACGAGGACGAGCUCAAAGAGGAGAAAACGGAUGGGAAAAAGGACGAGGACACGUCGAGCAGCACAACGUCAACGAGCACCUCUGAUGACGAGUCCGAGACCAGCUCGGACGAUAAGACGGAGGCUUCGAAGACCGAGCAUACGAAGACGGUCGCAUCCGAGGCGAAAAAAGAGGAUCAAACGUCGAAAAAUGACGACACAACGGACGACAGUGACAUCGAGGACGAUUUAAUUUCGGCUAUCAAUUAUAACACCAUCACCUCGUUGGCCGCCCUCAAGGAUAUGCUGCAAUCCUCUGGCGAGGAUUCGGACGGCGUGGACAGUUUCUUUCAUCAUUACUUCCUCUCUCACGUGAAUAGGUUACCGUCGAGAAAUCAGACGCAUAGCCCCUAUCCCUGGGGCAGAAGAUUGUCCGAAUGCAAGGAAGAGGACGAAUACGAGAACGAGGAUGUAAAGCGUUAUCAUUAUGUACAACCGGAAUUAUUAUAUGCUCGAUUUAUUUUUCACCACUCUGCCGAUAUUACAGCAAUAAGGCGGCGAAGAAUAACGGCCNCAAGCCCCCUCCCUAGUCCGCAUUUCGACAAAAGGUUCUUCGAUAGCAGUUUGAUAGAAAUGAAGAGUCAGGCGAGCAGCUCCAGCACCCUUGAUUACGACUCGACAGAGGAGGUCUGGGUUCGCAGGGUGGACUUUGUACAGGAGAGGAAGAGGAAGGAACUUGGAUCGCAACCAUUACCAACAAUCGUAACUGAAGAUGCAGAUACUUCGGGUCAAGCGUCUCACGAUCAAGGUCACAGGCCGCGAGCAGGGACCUGGGGUUCGCAUUCUAGAACUAUCAGGAAGCCCACCUCGGGCAGUGCUCCUGGUUCUGGAAAAUCGACUCCUCUCCCGCAGCAAGUGGAGCCUUCAAGUUCAUCAAGUAAAGGCAAGAAAGUUUCUGGCACGCGAUCUGGCUCCACCAGUCGUAGUAAUAGCCGUAGUAAUAGCGCAGAACGCAGAAGAAGCGGUGGAACUGUUGAUGACACAGCCAGCCCUACCAAAAAACCAGCACUCUUUGAUGCGUUUAGACCAAGGAGUAAAUCUGAUGCUAGCAAACGAAAGCCCAGUAUUAUAGCGAAUAUGAAAAGCGCUAUGCAGCAUUCUUUGCACAGAGGCUCACACGGAAGUUCAACGACAGAUAUACGUACAGAUAGGGAUCAUCAUAGAGAUGGCAAGGAUCAUAAGGAAGGAAAAGAACCUAUGGGACGUCCUCGAGCAGGUUCAGAAAGUAGCAGAAAUCCUGUUAGUAAAGUUAUGGAUCUUAUUAGACACAGAAGUCACAGUACCCUUAGUGCAGAUGACAAACGAAAAGCGAGGACUGCGGCCCAACAUCAAUCUCAAUCAACUUCACAAGGAGCGCUUAGAAGGAGUUCUUUGGAUCCAGGUGCCAGAAGAUUUUCUUUGGGUACACCUGCCGUCCCUCAUAGAGCUUCAGAUGCUUGUCUAGAUCCUGUGCACGCCGCCAUUCUCUUCCGAGAUGCGAGAGGGCUGCCAGUCGUGGAUCCUUUCCUGGAGAAAGUUUCGCUGUCUGAUCUCGAGGAGGACGAAUCACAGAUUUUCGUGAAGUUCUUUAAAUUUCACAAAUGUUAUGACCUAAUACCGACCAGUGCCAAAUUGGUCGUUUUCGAUACGCAUCUCCUCGUUAAAAAGGCCUUCUUUGCUCUCGUUUAUAAUGGUGUGAGAGCUGCACCAUUAUGGGACAGUGCAAGACAAGAAUUUAUUGGAAUGCUAACAAUAACAGAUUUUAUAAAAAUCUUGCAGAUGUACUAUACUAGUCCAUCUGUAACAAUGGAUGAAUUAGAAGAACAUGAAUUAGAUACAUGGAGAAAAGUGUUAAAAGAUCAAGUUCAUCCAUUAGUGAGCAUUGGUCCAGAUGCAUCUUUGUAUGAAGCUAUUAAAACUCUAAUUCAAAAUAGAAUUCAUCGUUUGCCUGUGAUAGAUCCAGAUACUGGAAAUGUUCUCUAUAUCUUGACACACAAACGAAUUCUUAGGUUCCUCUUCCUUUAUAUACAUGAGUUACCAAAACCAUCUUUCACAAAUAAAACAUUGAGAGAAUUGAGGAUAGGUACAUUUGAAAAUAUAGAAACAGCAACAGAAGAAACUAGCAUAAUUUUAGCAUUAAAAAAAUUUGUUGAAAGGAGAGUUUCUGCAUUACCAAUUAUUGAUACUGAAGGAAAAUUGGUUAAUAUAUAUUCAAAAUUUGAUGUUAUUAACUUAGCUGCAGAAAAAACAUAUAACAAUUUAGAUGUAUCAUUGAGAGAAGCAAAUGAGCACCGCAAUGAAUGGUUUGAAGGAGUUCAAAGUUGUAAAUUAGAUGAAACCUUAUUUACUAUUAUGGAGAGAAUUGUUAGAGCAGAGGUUCAUAGGUUAGUAGUGGUUGAUGAUGAUGAUAAAGUAAUCGGUAUAAUUUCUCUAUCUGACUUACUCUUCUACCUCGUUCUUAGGCCUUGUGGUGAAGAUGGCAGUAGCAAUAAAGAUAGUUCUAUAUCGUUAAGAGCACAGGAUUCUAUGUCAAAAGCUCCAAGUUCUGUGCAAUCAGAAGCUUCAAUUCCUGAUGGUGAAACAGAAGCUGAACAAGAUACAGCUGAAGUGAACCAAUCUGAAGAAGCACCUGCAACACCUAGUCCACCGCUGAGUCCUGUAGCAUCAGAUAUUUCUGAACCUCAGUCAACUUUAGUAAAUCAAUCUCAAGAAUCAGCAUGGAGAGAAGUAACCGUAUCGGGAGGAGAUUGAGGCAAUGUAAUCUUAAUAUGCUAUCAAGCAUGAUAUAAUGUGAAUCAACUUACUUUAAAAUUGAACUUUAUAGAGUAAUAAGCAAUGUUCGACUAAGUUUAUUUUUCGUUUGUUCUUGAUGCUUGUGUGUUCAAAGCUUAAGAACUUACGUAAAAUGCGAAAUGUUUUUUGCUCGUUAAAUUAAUUUACGUCACAAAAUUAAUUGUUAUUUGAAAUAAUGAAAUCGCAUUGAAUGUGAGAAUAACGAAAUGAAUUUUACUGGACGCGACAAACGACAAUGCGAUGCUCUAUAUAUAUAUAUAAUAAUUGAUAAGCUUAAUUUUUUAUGGUACAAAUGCUACUCAGCAUAGACGUUCGAGCUUUUUGCCAGGAACGAUUGCUACGCCAUUAUUUACUCAGGGUAUAAUAUUCUAUACACCCUUUCUUCAAUCGUAUACUGGGAAUGUUUCAAUAGAACUUUUAAAAUAGUGGUUUCUUGCAUCCUUUAGAUUUAUAAUAUUGCUAUGCUCCUUCUUAUAUUGAAAUCUUUGUAUUUUAUUUCAGAUCAAAAAUUAUGAGAUAAUUUACUUUAUUUACAUCAAAUAGUGUAGAAAAAUGUCCAGACGACAUGAUAAAGUAGCCCUAUAUCAAAGAGUGCUCCAUAAUUCAUAAAUAUGGACCUCGUUUUUACAGAGGCCUUCCACGCUUUUCCUGACAGGAACGAAAUACUAUAGUGUUAAGCAAAUAUCUAAAUAUGUAUAUCCUGUAUGCUUAUCUAUAAAAAAAAAGUAGCUUCUUGUCCGUGAAUUAUCACGUUAGAUGUCUGAAUACUAGAAACUGAUGUGCAUAAUAAACGAUUUUGUUUUAAACAAUUGCACAGCAUGUGAUAUUUUACAAAAAAAUAAAAAAAAGGAAAAAACAUGGUGCUUUUGAUUUUGCAUUAACAGCUGACUCUGAUAUAGCAAAAAAAUGGAAGUAGUAUGCAUACAAUGAAUAACAAUAAAAUAUAUAUAAUAGAAAAAAAUAUUCGAAAUUAAUUGUAUUAUUAUGUAACUUCUAUAUCAGCUUCAUGAAAUAUUUCAGUACAGGAAAGCAAUACUUAUAUAAAAUCAAAUUAUUAUCUAUUGUUGAAUUUAUAGAUUAUUAUUUCAUGUAUCUUUUUUAAAAAGUAACAUUUACAAGACAAAAAUACAUUAUUAAGUAUUAAAGGGCCUAUAAAAAUGAAUGAUAACAAUUCUACACUUAAUAUGCGCUGCCAUUGUUAUACUAAUUGUUUUAAUUAAUGUUUUACGUAUAUAACAAUAUUUGCAGCACAUUCUUCAAGUUUCGUACUUUCAAAAUGUAUAAUUAAUAAUUACGAAUACGUCAAGUUGAUUUUAGAUUUGUGUGUACAUAUAAUUUUAUUUAGUAGUAUUUCUUUUAAAUAUUCCUAUGUUUGUAUUUGUUUUACAAGAAAUUUUUAUAAAUAAAUUAUUCAUAAAUUUUCAUUUGAGAAAAAAAAUGGAAAUAUAAACAAAUGUUAAAAUUUUUAUAUAAUUUUUGACUAAAUUCUCUAUGUUAUUAUUGACGAAAAUAUAAUUGAUAUCAUGAAGAAUAUAGUGGAUGAAAAAUUUUGUAAUUACAUUUUAUAUUAUUGCUAAUUUUCAUAAUUUUCAUUUGUAGUCAAAUUAUAAUUAAUUAAAAGAAAUUAUUUUAAAAACUGAAAAAAAUCAAUCCUUAUAAAUAUUUAUAAAAAUAAUAAUAUCACGUAUAAAUUAUUAAACAAGCACCAAUGUUGAAUUAUAUUUAAAAAUUAUGUAAAAUAUGAUUUUCACUGAUUUUCAACAUUGAUUAUAUGAUAUAUGAUUAAAUAAGAAAUUAUAAAAUGAAUGGCAGAAAGCAUUCCUGUACAAACGAUUUAUUAAGCUGAAAACUGUUUCAUUUUGAAACAGAUUUCAUUCUACGCUUAUUACACGAAAAAAGAGAUGGAAUUAUAAAUUAUACAGAUCUUGGAAUGUUACAUCUAUGCGAAAAUUUGUAUAUAUAAAUGGCCUCUGUGUCAGGGAUAUAUUUGCCUUUUUGACACAAAGUUCCAUUUUGUUUAUAGAAAUAUGGAUGAAUAUCACCUAUUUGAAUUUUGAAGGGGACAGUGCCUGUAAUUUAGUAAAAUUAUUCCUAGAUUACAUUUAUGGGGAUAAGAAUAAAUAUUCCAUUUCAAAGAACGGAGUCAGGAUAAAGAAAAUUUACGUUAGUAUUAAUUAACAAGAGGCGUAGUGGACAAUGAUUUUUGUACAGCUGAAAGGAUUAUAGCCGAAUAAGGUUUAGUGUGCUGUAGCUGCGAAUAUAUUGUUUCCUUUUAGUACAAAAUACGUUUCAACUUUACAAGUUGUCACGUUCACUUUUUCUAGUUUUUAGACGUAAAAAGAUCUACAGUAGCCUAUAUUGCAGCGCAACCGAUUUCAAUAUAAUUAUUGCAAACAAAGGCACAAGUUAAUAUAAUGUUAACAGAAAAUAAACGUUAUUAGUGAUUAAAAGUCAUUGAAGUCGGUGUACGCUGCAUUCGUGAACCAAAACAAUAUAUAGACAAGGUAUUAAGAAUAAAUUGUACAAUAAAGAAUUAAUCGAGUAAUUAGGCAGUACAUUUAGUCGCGUCUCAGUACUGUAUAUCCAGGGCAAAAGCUAUUAGCGCAUUAUUCAUGUCCCUUGUACAUGUAAGGUACAAAUGAAAAAAAAGAAACGAAUUGCUGAGUGACAAAAUACAUCGUAAAUGAAACAUUUUA